CUAGAUUUCCAAAACAAUCCAAGCUUGUCUGAUGUAACAGAAUCAGCCUCAGUGGAUGUGCUGCUGACCAACCUCAUCAAGGGGAAUCUACUUCCUUCUGCUCUCCUCUGGAUCACCUCUCGACCAGCAGCAGCCAAUCAGAUCCCUCCUGAGUGUGUCCACCAGGUCACAGAGGUACGAGGAUUCAACGACCCUCAGAAGGAGGAAUAUUUCAGGAAGAGAAUAAAUGAUCCGAGUCUGGCUGAUAGAAUCGUCACACACAUCCGAUCAUCAAGAAGUCUGUUCAUCAUGUGUCACAUCCCAGUCUUCUGCUGGAUUUCAGCCGCUGUUCUGGAGAGGAUGAUGGGUAAAGCAGAGAGUGCAGAGAUUCCCAAGACUCUCACACAAAUGUUCACACACUUCCUGAUCUUUCAGACCAAACUGAAGGCACAGAAGUAUGAUGGGAAAUAUGAAAUCGAUCCUCGUCAGGCUAGAAAGACUAUUCUGUCUCUAGGAAAACUGGCUUUUGAACAGCUGGAAAAAGGGAACCUGAUCUUCUAUGAGGAGGACCUGAAAGAGAGCGGCAUUGAUGUCAGAGAAGUGUCCGUGUACUCAGGAGUUUGUACCCAGAUCUUCAGAGAGGAGUUUGGACUGCAGCUGGGGAAGGUGUACAGCUUUGUUCAUCUGAGUGUUCAGGAGUUUCUUGCUGCUUUAUUCAAGCUGCUGUCCUUUUCUGAACAUAACACAGGACUGUUGAAUAUGUUCGGGUCACCAAUGACCAGUUUACUGAAGGGAGAGGUGGACAAGGCCUUACAGAGCGAGAACGGACACUGGGACCUUUUCCUCCGGUUCCUUCUUGGUCUCUCACUAGAGUCUAAUCAGACUCUCUUACAAGGCCUCCUGAGAAAGACAAUAAGCAGCUCACACAACAAUCCGGAAACAGCUGAAUACAUCAAACAAAAGAUCAGGGAGAAUCCCUCUCCAGAGAAAUCCAUCAAUCUGUUCCACUGUCUGAAUGAACUGAAUGAUCGCUCACUGGAGCAGGAAGUCCAAACAUACCUGAGCAGAACAGGUGCCCGUUGCCUCUCUGGAGUCAGACUAUCUCCUGCUCAGUGGUCCGCUCUGGUGUUUAUGCUGUUGAAUUCAGAAGAAGAGCUGGAUGAGUUUAAACUGAAUAAAUAUGAUCCAUCAGAAGAAUGUCUCCUGAGGCUGCUGCCAGUAAUCAAAGCAUCUAGAAAGGCUGACCUUUCCAACUGUCAUAUUACACAGGAAGGCUGUGCUGCUCUGAUUUCAGCUCUGAGAUCAAACCCCUCACACCUGACAGAACUGAAUCUGAGUGAUAAUAAUCCAGGAGACUCAGGAGUGAAGCUGCUCUCUGCUCUACUGGAGGAUCCACACUGUAAACUGCAGAAACUACAGCUGUGGGGCUGCAGUAUUGGAGAUGAAGGCUGUGUUGCUCUGAUUUCAGCUCUGAAAUCAAACCCCUCACACCUGACAGAACUGAAUCUGAACUUUAAUAAACCAGGAAACUCAGGAGUGAAGCUGCUCUCUGCUGUACUGGAGGAUCCACACUAUAAACUGGAGAAACUACAGUUGUGGGACUGCAGUAUUGGAGAGGAAGGCUGUGCUGCUCUGAUUUCAGCUCUGAGAUCAAACCCCUCACACCUGACAGAACUGAAUCUGAACUGUAAUAAUCCAGGAGAUUCAGGAGUGAAGAUGCUCUCUGCUCUACUGGAGGAUCCACACUGUAAGCUGCAGAAACUACUGCUGUGGAGCUGCAGUAUUGGAGAGAAAGGCUGUGCUGCUCUGAUUUCAGCUCUGAGAUCAAACCCCUCACACCUGACAGAACUGAAUCUGAACUGUAAUAAUCCAGGAGAUUCAGGAGUGAAGCUGCUCUCUGCUCUACUGGAGGAUCCACACUGUAAACUGCAGAAGCUACAGCUGUGGGACUGCAGUAUUGGAGAGGAAGGCUGUGCUGCUUUGAUUUCAGCUCUGAGAUCAAACCCCUCACACCUGACAGAACUGAAUCUAAGUCGUAAUAAACCAGGAGACUCAGGAGUGAAGCUGCUCUCUGCUCUACUGGAGGAUCCACACUGUAAACUGGAGAAACUACUGCUGUGGGGCUGCAGUAUUGAAGAGGAAGGCUGUGCUGCUCUGAUUUCAGCUCUGAGAUCAAACCCCUCACACCUGACAGAACUGAAUCUGAACUAUAAUAAAACAGGAGACUCAGGAGUGAAGCUGCUCUGUGCUCUACUGGAGGAUCCACACUGUAAACUGAAGAAACUACAGCUGUGGCGCUGCAGUAUUGGAGAGGAAGGCUGUGCUGCUCUGAUUUCAGCUCUGAGAUCAAACCCCUCACACCUGACAGAACUGAAUCUGAGCCGUAAUAAACCAGUAGAUUCAGGAGUGAAGCUGCUCUCUGCUCUACUGGAGGAUCCACACUGUAAACCGGAGAAACUAUAUAUUUGACAGUGGAAACUCCACAAGCUCCAAACAAGUGAAUCAAAACAACACGCCCUGAACAAGACUGUCACCUGGACAAAUGCAGAUACUGAUCCAGCAGUUUAAAAGAACAGAACAGUAUUAACAUAUUGUAGUUUUAUUCCAAACACUAGGUACUUGGAGUAUACAGAAUGAGUAUAAUAGUUUUUUUUAAUGUUAAUACUGUAGACUGAGCCAUUAAUAUAGUCCCUCCAAAUGAAAUGCCAGCUGUUUGUCCAUCAUCAUUCAUUCAUUAAAACAUAAAUCAAAACAAAAAGUCAAUGAGAUAACUAUGAUAGUCCUCAGUGAGAGAAACACCAGUAUGUAAAUGAGUAAUUUUCAAAACUGGAAAAGAGAGUGAGAUACCUACAUACUGUAGUUUCUAAACUAGACACAAUAUACAUAAGACAACAAUCAGAAAUUCAAGUUCAAACUUGAUAAAACUCCAGGAAUGCAGGAAUAACACCUGCAGGAGAAUAUUUAUUUUUAUUCCAAUUUAUUUUCCCUUGUCUUCCUUUUGAUUGUAUUAUUAAACAUGUGUAUUGUUUUAAUUUCAUUUUGUAUUAUUGUUGUUUAAUGUUUAGCACAUUUCCAUGUUCUGAAGCUGUAAAUGUUUUGGUAAAUCAUUUGUAUGUUGUUUUUCAUGUCAAUAAAACAACUGAACAACAGCUGUGUUUGUAUGAGCGACGGCGC